AUGCCGCUGCCCCGCGCGGGGCCCGCGCGCCGCUAGCAGCAUGUCUCGGCGCAAGCAGGCCAAGCCCCAGCACCUCAAGUCGGACGAGGAGCUGCCGCCGCCGGACGGGGCUCCCGAGAACGCGGCCCCCGGGGAGGGCGCCGAGGACGGGGACAGCGGGAACGAGAGCCGGAGCGGAAGCGAGGAGACGCACGUCUGUGACAAGUGCUGCGCCGAGUUCUUCAAGUGGACGGACCUCCUGGAGCACAAGAAGGCCUGCACCAAGAACCCCCUGGUGCUGAUUGUCAGUGAAGAUGAGCCGGCCCCGCCCUCCGAGGAGUUUCCAGAACCUUCUCCGGCCAGCUCUCCCAGCGAGCACACAGAGAGCGAGGCCGCAGAGGAGACAGCCCCCGCAGAGGGCGGGGAGGGCGGGGAGGUGAGGGCCCCCGAGAAGGAGGACGAGCCCAUGGAAGUGGGCCCCUCCGUGGACAAGAGCUUCCAGAGCCCGGGCCCCACGCACGCAGGGAAGCCGCCUCUACCUCAGGUCCCCGAACCGGCCCCCCCCGUGGCCGCCUACAGCAUGCCAAACACCAACGUGACGCUGGAGACCCUCCUGAGCACCAAGGUGGCCGUGGCACAGUUCUCCCAGAACACGAGGGCUGCAGGAGCGGUGGGAUCCAGCGGCGGGGUGGCGGCCGUGGCCAUCCCCGUGAUCCUGGAGCAGCUCAUGGCACUGCAGCAACAGCAGAUCCACCAGCUGCAGCUCAUCGAGCAGAUCCGCAGCCAGGUGGCCAUGAUGAACCACCAGCCCCCGAGGCCGCCGCUGAACCCCGGGGUGGCCGCGGGGGCCCAGAGCGCCCCGGUGCCCACCUCCGGCCAGCUCCCGGGGCUGGCCGCGCACUCGGCCCUGCAGCUCUCAGCCGGGGCCGCCCCCGUCCCCGCGGCACCUGGCCCUGCCACCCAGCCGGCCGCCUACGAGGGCCCGCAACACCUGGCCCAGCCGGCGUCCGGAGCCAGCACUCCGCACGUCCCGGGCGGGGGCCCCUCCGGCCCCGAGCCCGGCGCCCCGGCGUCCUCCGGCACGGCCCCGGCCUCCACCGCCCCGGGCCCGGCGGCCAGCGCCUCCGGCGGCCCCUCCCGGCCGCAGAACGCUUCCACGCCCCCCGCCCUGGGGCCCGGGCCCCUCCUCAGCUCGGCGCCCAGCCUGCCAAGCCCACUUCUACCUCAGACCUCGGCCAGCGGCGUCAUCUUCCCCAACCCGCUGGUCAGCAUCGCAGCCACGGCCAGCGCGCUGGACCCCCUGUCGGCCCUCAUGAAGCACCGCAAGGGCAAGCCCCCCAACGUGUCGGUGUUCGAGCCCAAGGCCAACGCCGAGGACCCCUUCUUCAAGCACAAGUGCAGGUUCUGUGCCAAGGUGUUUGGGAGCGACAGUGCCCUGCAGAUCCACCUGCGCUCCCACACGGGCGAGCGGCCCUUCAAGUGCAACAUCUGCGGCAACCGCUUCUCCACCAAGGGCAACCUGAAGGUCCACUUCCAGAGGCACAAGGAGAAGUACCCCCACAUCCAGAUGAACCCCUACCCCGUCCCCGAGUACCUGGACAGCGUGCCCACCUGCUCCGGGAUCCCCUACGGGAUGUCACUGCCCCCGGAGAAGCCCGUCACCACCUGGCUGGACAGCAAGCCCGUGCUGCCCACGGUGCCCACGUCGGUCGGGCUGCAGCUCCCGCCCACCCUCCCCGGCGUCAGCCUCGGCAGCUAUGCCGACUCCCCCAGCCUCACCCCCGCCAGCCGCUCCCCGCAGCGGCCCUCGCCGGCGUCCAGCGAGUGCCCCUCUCUGUCCCCAGGCCUGACCAGCUCCGAGGUGGUGACCGCCGAGUCCCCGCAGCCGGCACCCGGCGGGUCUUCCCUGCCCAAGACCGAGCCCGUGAGCCUGCCUUGCACAAACGCCAGGGCGGGGGACGUCCCCGCCACCGGGCAGGUGUCUGCCGCGUCUGCCCUCGCGGACAGCAGCCUAUCCCCCGGCCUCUGCAGCCCGGUCCUCCCGGCCGGCGCUGAGCAGUUCAAGGCCAAGUUUCCCUUUGGAGGGCUGCUUGACUCUAUGCAAACGUCCGAAACCUCCAAGCUGCAGCAGCUGGUGGAGAACAUCGACAAGAAGGUGACGGACCCCAACCAGUGCGCCAUCUGCCACCGCGUGCUGAGCUGCCAGAGCGCCCUGAAGAUGCACUACAGGACGCACACGGGCGAGCGGCCCUUCAAGUGCAAGAUCUGCGGGCGUGCCUUCACCACCAAGGGCAACCUGAAGACGCACUUCGGGGUCCACCGCGCCAAGCCGCCCCUGCGCGUGCAGCACUCCUGCCCCAUCUGCCAGAAGAAGUUCACCAACGCCGUGGUCCUGCAGCAGCACAUUCGCAUGCACAUGGGGGGGCAGAUCCCCAACACGCCGCUGCCCGAGGGCUUCCAGGACGCCAUGGACGCCGAGCUGCCCUACGACGAGAAGGCCACGGACGCCCUGAGCGGCUACGACGACGACAUGGACGAGAACUCCCUGGAGGAGGACACAGAGCUGAAGGACACGGCCGGCGACCCGUCCCAGCCGCUGCUGGCCUUCCCAAGCUCCUGCCCGCCCUCCCCGCCGUCCGUCAUCUCCAGCAUCGCCGCGCUGGAGAACCAGAUGAAGAUGAUGGACUCGGUCAUGAGCUGCCCCCAGGGGACGGCCCUCAAGUCCCUGGAGAACGGGUCCGGGGAGAGCGACCGUCUGAGCAACGACUCCUCGUCAGCCGUGGGCGACCUGGAGAGCCGGAGUGCGGGCAGCCCGGCCCUGUCCGAGUCGUCGUCCUCCUUGCAGGCCCUGUCGCCCGGGAACAGUAACAGCGAGAGCCUGCCUUCGAAGUCCCCGGGCCUCGGCGCCCAGGAGGAGCCGCAGGAGACGCCACUGAAGACGGAGGGGCUGGACAGCCCGCCCCCCGGGCCCGAGAACGGGGGGGCGCUGGACCUGACGGCCCCCCACCCCGGCCGGCCGGCCGUCAAGGAGGAGGCCCCCUAUGGCCUGCUGUUCCUGAGCCGAGACCGGGGUCCCGGCCAGGGCACCCCGAGCCUGGGUCCCGGCUGCGCGCCCGCCGCGGUCAAAACGGAAGUGAACGGGCACAGCAAGGCCGGCCCGCCGGCCGAGGGCCCGCCGCUGCCGGCUCCCAUCCAGGUGCCCGCCAGGCCCCCGACGGUGAUGAGCCCCGGCCUCGCACCCAUGCUGGCCCCGCCGCCGCGCCGGACACCCAAGCAGCACAACUGCCAGUCGUGCGGGAAGACCUUCUCCUCGGCCAGCGCCCUGCAGAUCCACGAGCGCACCCACACCGGGGAGAAGCCCUUCGGCUGCACCAUCUGCGGGCGAGCCUUCACCACCAAGGGCAACCUCAAGGUGCACAUGGGCACCCACAUGUGGAACAACGCCCCUGCCAGGCGCGGCCGCCGCCUGUCGGUGGAGAACCCCAUGGCCCUGCUGGGUGGUGACGCCCUGAAGUUCUCCGAGAUGUUCCAGAAGGAUCUGGCCGCAAGGGCCAUGAACGUGGACCCCAGCUUUUGGAACCAGUACGCCGCGGCCAUCACCAACGGGCUGGCCCUGAAGAACAACGAGAUCUCUGUCAUCCAGAACGGAGGCCUCCCCCAGCUCCCAGACUGUGACACCAGUACAAGCCAGGAAGUAACCAAGAGGGCGCCGCGCAGGUAUGAUGUUACCGUAGCCUCUGCUCUCUUUCUCACGCGCCCCCCGAACGAGAGUUUGACUGCCUGCGAGGCCUGCUUUUGUGCUCAGUAAACUGCAGAGAGGUGUCGGGUGUCAGGCAGUAUAAUCAGUCAUAACUGGGACGUUUUUCUGAGUUCCUGAUUUAUUUAUUAUCUUCUCAGAUGAAAACAAAGCACACUGUCAUCUGAUCAAAGUACAGUCUCGUGCUGGUGAUUCUGUCCAUUGCCCCGUGUCAGGAAAGGGCCCUGGGCAGGUACCGGGCGGCGGGGCUGAGCCAGGCCCACACAGAAGUGUUGUGUGCUCUACCUCAUUUUGUGCAUUGCAAGCACGCUGGAGUCUGAGACCGUGAACUUCCUCUGGCAGUGCUGUCCCAGGUCAUCGUGGGUGGCCGGGUGACAGUGCGAGGGGCUGAGUCCCCGAGGAAGCAGUCGAGCCUUCUCAGUUGAAACCGAGAAAUAGGACCAUCUUUCCAACACAACCACAGCAACAAGUCACAUCGUGUCACUGAACAGAGUUUCAAAGACUCACAGAUAAGCAGACCUAGCAGUGAUCUCUGUCGGAAAUGAACCCUGAACUCUCCAGCUCUGUUUCCCACGCAGAUGGGAUGGAGUGUGCCCGGGGGGUACCCCCUCUUCUCACGGGAUGGGUCGGGGGGUGUCCCAGCGUCGGGAAGAGGAAACUGAGGUGCUCGGUGUCGCUGUGUUUCAGCAGUGAAUGUUCUUAUUAUUUAUCUGUGUCCUUUUUGGUGUGAUUUUUGUUUUUUUUUUUCCUUUUUGGUUAGUAUUUGGUACCAUGUAGUGUUCUCUCCUCGCAAAAGGGUGUGUAUAUAACGUAAGAAAAGAGAAAUGUAAAGUGCUGUAAAUAAGAUGGCUCAUGACGGGACAGUGAGACUGUCCCCACCCUGUGCUCAGGGCGAGGCCGUCCCUCUCCGCAUGGUGAAGAGACACUAUUUUUCUAUUGCAACACCGUGUAGGGCCAGGGGCCUCCCUGAACCAGUGGAGAAUUGUUACCCAGAUCCAAUAUUUUUUAUGAUGAAAUCUGUGGCUUGACACAUCUACUGAUUGAAAUGGAUGUCUUAGUCUAGGUUCCUAUUUUUGUCAUAUGGAAUUGAAUAAAAUGCAGGAUGUAAUAUUA